AUGGAUUUAGUCCAAAGUAGCGGUGUGCUGGUGAUACAGUACUUCCAGAACAACUACGGGGAAUACCGUGACUUCCUUGGUGUCAUUUCCACCGUGGGCGACCCUCGAAAUAUCUUCUCGGUUUAUUUUCCUCUGUGGUUCCAUCUGAGUCACACGGUGGGCACUAAAAUGAUAUGGGCGGCUGUUUUGGGAGACUGGUUUAAUCUCAUUUUCAAAUGGAUUCUCUUUGGGCAGCGACCGUACUGGUGGGUGCAUGAAACUCUGAUCUACAACAAUCAUUCUUUCCCCCAUUUGGAGCAAUUUCACAUAACAUGUGAAACAGGGCCAGGUAGUCCAUCCGGUCACGCUAUGGGCUCCUCAUGCGUGUGGUAUGUCAUGAUAACAUCUGCUCUCAACUCUACUCAAUCUUUCACAGUGGCCACCGACCAAACAUCUAAAAGACUUUGGCUUUUGCGGUCUUGCUUGUGGACCAUCUUUUGGAUCAUCCAGAUAAGCGUUUGCAUCUCCAGGGUUUUUAUCGCCACACAUUUCCCACACCAGGUUAUCCUCGGCCUUUUAGCCGGCAUGUUGGUGGCCGAGGCGUUGGAACUCCUGCCUUCAGUCUGCAAUGUGAGCGUGAAAGCAUAUACUCAGGUGACGCUUGUGCUUUUCUCCAUCGCUGUUUGCUUCUACCUGCUGCUCAACUUGGCCGGCGUGGAUCCCUUGUGGUCAGUGGCCAAAGCCAAGAGGUGGUGUGCUAACCCUGACUGGAUCCAUCUGGACACCACGCCCUUUGCCGGCUUGGUGAGGAACCUGGGAGCUUUAUUUGGACUGGGCCUGGCCGUCAACUCCCACAUGUUUAUCCAGAGCUGCAAAGGAAAGAACGGCCAUGAAGGCAGAUUUAGGAUCAUGUGCGUGGCCGCCACUCUCACCAGCCUGCAGCUGUAUGACUUAGUCAGAAUACCCACAAAUACUGACCUCUUGUUCUAUACCCUCUCCUUUUGGAAGACAGUGUCUAUUCCAGUUGUUGUGGUUGCUCUUAUUCCUUAUUGUGUUCAUUUGAUGAUGGGAAACGAGAACAAGAAGCUUGUUUAGAGUAGCAAAAAACAUUACAAGUUAA